AUGUUCCUUCCCGCCGUCAAACGGUUGACCCACUCGCCUCCCCGCACUUUGGCCCACUUCCCCAUCUUCACUAAAUUUACUUGUUCACCUACUCUCGUUCGCGCUUCACCAUUUUCUAUUAUGGCCGCUCGUCAAACUGUGUCGGCUCCUGUCGACAAGUCCUAUGAUCCUGAGAUCCAGGACAUGGCAGAUUAUAUCCACAAGUACAGCGUGGAGUCGGAUCUGGCGUUUGAUACUGCUCGUCUGGUAUUUCUAGAUACUCUCGGCUGUGGCCUGGAGGCUCUCAAGUUCAAGGAAUGCACUAAGCUACUUGGCCCCACUGUAGAGGGCACUAUAGUCCCUAACGGUACCCGCGUACCGGGAACUCCAUAUCAGUUGGACCCUAUAAAUGGCGCUUUCAAUAUUGGGGCAAUGAUCCGUUGGCUGGACUAUAAUGAUUGCUGGCUUGCUGCUGAGUGGGGUCAUCCCUCUGACAAUCUAGGAGGAAUUCUUGCCGUAGCUGAUUGGAUCUCCCGCACAAAUCGCGCGGGUGGUAACCUUGGUAACGGCAAGGUCUUGAAGAUUCGAGAUGUUCUAGAGGCUAUGAUUAAAGCUCAUGAAAUCCAGGGUGUUUUGGCCCUUGAAAACUCCUUUAACAAGGUUGGCUUGGAUCAUGUUGUGCUGGUCAAGGUCGCUACCACCGCUGUGGUCUCCAAGUUGUUGGACCUUAGUGAGAAGCAGACUGCUGAUGCCAUUACCCAGGCUUGGGUCGAUGGCCAGAGUCUUCGAACGUACCGCCACACACCGAAUACUAUGUCUCGCAAGUCCUGGGCGGCUGGUGACGCCUGCCAGCGAGCAGUGAACUUGGUCCUCAAAGUACAGAAGGGUGAGGGUGGUCUUCACACUGUACUGUCUGCUCCUGUUUGGGGUUUUUACGAUGUUCUCUUCAAGGGAAAGAAAUUUGACUAUCAGCGUUCGUAUGGUAGCUACGUCAUGGAGAAUGUCCUCUUCAAGGUUUCCUAUCCUGCCGAGUUCCACUCCCAGACCGCCAUUGAGGCUGCACAGAUUGUGAACAAGAAACUUGCAGCAUUGGGCAAGAGUGCUAAGGAUAUCAAGGAAAUCACAAACCGCACUCACGAGGCCUGUAUUCGUAUCAUUGACAAACAGUUCAAGGCUAUGGAUAACUUUGCCGACCGAGACCACUGCGUCCAAUACAUGGUUGCCAAUAUGCUGGUUUUCAACCGUCUGACCGCUAAUGACUAUGCUGAUGGCUCCGAGGCAGCCACUUCCUCCCUUUUAGAAGACCUUCGCCAGCGAAUCCGCUGUGUCGAAGACGAGCAAUUUACCAAAGACUACCAUGACCCAACCAAGCGCACCAUUCCCAACGCUUUAACUGUCACCCUCAAUGACGGCACUGUACUUGAUGAAGUCGUAGUAGAGGCUCCACUUGGCCACCGUCUGCGCCGUGAGGAAGCCAAGCCCGAGAUUCUGGCCAAGUACAAGCGCCACCUACAGGCGCACUUUGACCAAGCACGCAUCGAGGAGCUAUUGAAGGUAGGCUGGGACCGCCAGCAACUAGAAAAUUACGAUGUCGACAAGUAUGUCGAUCUCUACGUUAAGGACAGGGUUAUCUCUCCUUCCUCAUAG